CCCGCUCUCCGCGCCCUUCCGAGGCUCUUGUUUGAAAGCCGCUUCUGCCGGCCGGGUGGGGGCUUGCAGUUGAACCCAAGCUAGGCCUGGGUCGAGAGCGCGGUCGGCUUGCAGCCUCUGGGGAAGGCGGGCGCUUGGAGAGGUGGCACCCUCCAAGUGGGAUGGCCCGCAAGCCUGAGUGCGAGGCUAUGGGCCAUGGAGUGCUGGACCUGCCAACACCCAGGGUACCUACGGAAGCAGUAUGGCCAGCUGGCAAGGUUAUGACAGCUACAACUACUACAGUGCUCAGAGCGCCGCUGUGUCUGCGGGAGCGUCAUACAGCUACGGCCCAGCCUCGUGGGAGGCCAAGGCCAGCGACGGUGGCCUGGCAGUCGGGGGCUCUGCUGUGCACAUGGCCUCUUUUGGCCCAGAGCCUUGUGUUGACAAUUCUGACUCCCUUAUUGCGAAGAUCAACCAGCGUUUGGACAUGUUGUCCAAGGAAGGAGGCAGGGGCGGGAGCGGCGGCAGUGGGGAAGGCAUGCAGGAUCGGGAGAGCGCCUUCCGCGUCCAGCCGUACGAGUCUUACGACUCCAGGCCUUGUGUGCCUGAGCCCAACCCUUACCGCCCUGGCUAUAGCUAUGACUAUGACUUCGAGCUGGGGGCCAGUCGCAGUAGUAGCUUUGGAGGCCACUAUAACGACUGCCGGGACCCCGUCCGUGAGCGGGGCUCCCUUGAUGGCUUCGUGAGGGGCCGUGGCCAGAGCCAAGGCCAGGGCCGCUUCCAAGACCGGAGUGCCUCCAGCACCUUCAUACGCAGUGACCCGUUCCUGCCACCCUCUGCUGCUUCUGAGCCCCUCACCACUUCCUGGAACGAGCUGAACUACAUGGGUGGGCGUGGUCUAGGAGGGCCCUCUGUCGGCAGACCCCCUGCUCCUGUGUUUUCUCAGUCCAUGGCCCCUGACUACGGCAUGGUGGGCAUGCCAGGGGUGGGCGGAUAUGGUAACACCGUGCCCUAUGGAUGUGGUCGGCCCCAGGCUCGGAUGCGGGAUUGGCCCAGGAGAAGAGGGUUUGAGCGCUUUGGAGCAGACAGCAUGGGCAGGAAGCGGAAGCAGUUUACCAUGUACGAGGAGCCAGAUGCCAAAUUGGCCCGGGCUGAGAGUGAAGGAGAUUUGUCUGAAAACGAUGAUGGAGCUGCUGACUUGCGGUCAGGAGAUGAAGAGUUCAGGGGUGAGGAUGACUUCUGUGACUCCGGGAAGCAUAGAGGAGACAAGGAGGACGAGGACGAGGACGUGAAAAAGAGAAGGGAGAAGCAACGGAGGAGAGACAGGAUGCGUGACCGAGCAGCUGACAGGAUUCAGUUUGCCUGUUCUGUGUGCAAGUUUCGUAGCUUUGAUGACGAAGAAAUCCAGAAACAUCUGCAAAGCAAAUUUCACAAAGAGACGCUACGGUUUAUAAGCACCAAGCUGCCUGACAAGACAGUGGAAUUUCUCCAGGAGUACAUCGUAAACAGGAAUAAGAAGAUUGAGAAGCGGCGUCAAGAACUGGUGGAGAAAGAGAGCCCCAAACCAAAGCCAGACCCAUUCAAAGGGAUUGGCCAGGAGCACUUCUUCAAAAAAAUUGAAGCAGCACACUGCCUGGCCUGCGACAUGCUGAUCCCCGCGCAGCCCCCGCUCCUGCAGCGGCACCUGCACUCUGCGGACCACAACCACAACCGCAGGUUAGCUGCAGAACAGUUCAAGAAAACAAGUCUCCAUGUGGCUAAGAGUGUUUUGAACAACAGGCAUAUUGUGAAGAUGCUGGAAAAAUACCUCAAGGGUGAGGACCCUUUCACCAGUGAAGCUGUCGAUCCUGAAACUGAAGGAGAUGGCAAUUUAGGAGGUGAGGACAGAGAAGCGACACCAGAGGAGGUAGCAGCGGAAGUCCUGGCAGAGGUGAUCACUGCCGCAGUGAGGGCUGUGGAUGGGGACGGAGAGCUGGCUGACAGGGAGGGUCCCACGGACACAGUGGCGGCCAGUAGCGAUGCCAGCACAGAACAGCCUCUCGGAGAGCCGGCCUGCGGAACAGCGUCUGAGAAUGGAAACACCGAAAACAAGGCUGCAGGUGAGGCAGCAGCGGAGGUAGAAAAUACUGUAACUGUUGCUCCUGUCCCAAGUGUCACCGGAGCAGAAGUGGGACACACGGAUACAGAGCCCAGAGAUGACCCAGCAGAGCGACCGAUCCUCUCCCCCGUUUGAAGGGCUGUGUUCUCCUGUCUCGGCAGCGCUGAGGUGUGUGAGCUCGGCCUGAUGAGAGACUGCCGGCCGUCCCAGCACAGACCGCGUGGCCCGUGUUGCACACCGGGGAAGCUUGCCUCUGCUUGCAGGCUGCAAAAAAUACAUGUCCCCAAGCAAUCUUGAAGGCUGUCUUUACACUGCAGUUGGGAAAAUAAAAUGUGGGCAAUUAGA